AACUGGUGUCUUUAUUGGAUAUUACAAGUAACUGAUUAGGCUAUAUUAAUUCAGCUUACUUGUUUGACUGAAAGGUUGAACCUUUGCGCUGUUGCUGUAUUUCUCUUAAUGUCGCCCAAGGCCACAAGCAAUAAUAUGAGACUGUCUAUAACAAUAUAAUUGAACUCUGAACAUUUUUUGUUCUCUCCGUAAAUAAAUAGGCUACAAAGACAUCUAAACACACACACACACACACACACACAAAGACAACAUAUUUAUAUCGUUUGUUUUAAUUAAAUAUAUGAAAUCAGUAUUACAAAUUGGCUAAAAACAGAAAUGUUUGUUUUAAUUUACUAUAUAUUCAGCAGAAUGCAUUAAAGGAAACGGUAUAGCGCAUUAUGUUCAUGUUGACCAUGGCACACUGAAAGCUAUUUUUCUGAAAGUACAAUAAAAUAUAAAACGUAGUAAAGUACAGGACCUUAUAUUUUUAACACAUAACAUAAUGAAAUUGUGGAAUAAUUUUGGAGUCCAAUAUACUGGCUUGAUACACGUACGACAUCUGUCUUUUAACACGGCGCUAUAAAAUGGGUCUAGGUUUACUGCAAGAUGUAAACAUUCCUCAUUAUAUUUCAAAGCAAAAAUAAAUAAACAAAUAAAAAUGCUAUUGCUUGAAAUAAAUUAAGAAAAAAUAAAAUAUUGAAGAAAAUAUUAAUUUUAACCUGCUCCUUGUUAUUAAAGUAUUAAAGUACUAAACUAUUAAAGCAAAUACUUCGAUCAAAGAGUAGCCUAACUUUAUGUAAUAGACGCUGGAGAUUAUUGUUGAUAUAUUCCCGUAAAUCAAAGUGCAUUAGCAAUGAUACUGCCAUGCUGUUGUUGUCUCAGAAUGGAAUGUACUCUGAUGUUUCUUAAUGACAACUUAAAACCCAUUUGCCGGAUUCAUGUAUGCUAAUACAAGAAAAAAGGUAUGUGUAGCUAUAAUAUAAAACUCCAUUGUUUAUUAGUCACACGAGACUAAGAAAUGCAUAAGUGGGAUCAUGGGUGAAUAAGCAGCUCCUUGUACCGUAUAAACAAGAAAUUGCUGUAUUUUAGCCACACAGAGGAAAGUGAUGUGCAUUAGAUAUAAUAAGUACAUUUAAAUCUCUGUAUUUUAUAAAAAAAAAGUCUGUUAUAGGCUAAUGUGUAUAAACUGUGUGAUGUUCUAGAAGCUAUAAUGUUGGGAUGGACAGAACAGUGAGCUCGCACCAGUGCACUCGUAAAUGUGCAGUGUGCACCGCAGUCUCAUUUUUAUCCUGAGUCACCCUACACAGCUUAACUGCCAAGACUGCAGCGAGUACUAUAUGCCAUAGAUUUGUACAGUUUAAGCACAAGAUCGUUAUCCUAUAAAUGAAUGCGACCACAUAGCGAAUUAUAAGUUAUAUCUUCCCUGUUCAAGGGACAGAGCAUAACAAAAUUGGUAUUCUGUCUAUCUAUAAAAUUUAUAUCAGGUGUGAAAAAUAUCCUUGCUAGUCACCGAAUUAAUUUUAAUUUCUAUAUAGUUUAUUUUAUAGCACACAAAACUGAAAUAUUAAAUGAGGCUGGACAAAGACUACAAUUUUAGUUAGAAUUUUCAAAGACAAUCAUAAAACAGUCAAACAAUUUUUUAUUUUUAUUUUCUUUAACAGUUUUUUUUUAUUUUAAUAAUGCGUCGUUUAUUUCAUAACAACAUUAUAUCAUCAAACAAAUUGCAUUUGUACAUGUGUCAUGUUAACAUUAACAACAUUAGAACUCAACAAUAAGAAAAAAUAAUAGAAAAAAAAUAAUAAACGUAAGUGAAAACCAGUGACGGUGGAAACAACUUCAGCAUCAAGGUACCACGCCCUCGGAAAAGCAGAGAUAAAGGCUCUUUAGCUGCACUUAGCCUAUUUUUUUUUUUUUUUUUUUUUUUUUUUUUUUUGUAUAUGUGUUAGUUAUUUACAGAUGUUGCUGAGGAAUGUGUAACAUUAAACAAGGUUAUACAUGUUUGUUCUGUGUAUACCACAGUUAUUCUAACAAUUUGAUUAGAUGUAUUUGAUCCCCACAGUAUGCCACAGCCUCCCACCAAAGCUAUCAAUUAUUUAUACUGUAAGAUAAGAUUUUGUUUUCACUGUUGUUCAGAGAAUCUAAAUUAUAUUGCUUCCGCUGUAGGCCUAUUACAAGGAUAAAUCAGACCCACGCCACAAUCAAAAAGCUGUAAUGCCUUCCUUUAAAACACAUAAUGAGUUAAUGAAACGGCAUAAAAGCACAAAUAUAGUGUCCUUUGUUUCCUUUUGCUUUUAGUUGUUUUGCUGAAUCAAAAACUUGAAAUAGCUGUGUAACAAACUGUUUUACAACUGAAAAGAGAGGCAUAAUGGCACUCAUACUUUGAGUCGAGUCUCUGUAAACUGUAAACUAUUUAACUAAUUAAACAUUGUAACCGUUUUAAUAACUUUUUGCCGUACAAAAGUAAUAUUAAGAGUCUGAAUUGCCCACGUAUUGUUAUUUGGUGUGUCUAUAUUUUGAUAAUGUCUAGUGUUCCCUCAGAAAACAGAAGGGGGAAAAAAGCCUGACCUCAUGUGGCCGAUUUCAUACUGGGCCUAACACUGACAAUGACUGCAGACCAAAAUCAACAUAUUACCAAGGAUCGCAAUACGCUUAGAAUAAAAAUGUAAUCUAAAAUACAGUUAGUCACAUAUUAAGUGAAAAAUGUUCAAGCGGUGUCAUUUUUUUACACAAUGGCAUGGCGUUAAAUUAGCCUAUUUAAAACAUUUGUAGGAAAAAAAAUAUUUUCAUGUGUGAGCCAGCAUUAAUAAUUCAAAAUUAAGAAAAUAGUUCAAUAAUUAAGUUUAAUUAAUAGUUUUAUUUUUAGUUUUAUAGAAUUUUAUUUUCAGUUAACAAGAGUGUUUGCCUCGUAUUACAACAACUGGAAUUAAAUUCGAUAGAAUCGCAAAAAUGGUCAAUUACAUAAAUAUUGAAAAGAAAAUGCAAAGGAACGGGAAGUACAAAGAAUUUCCAAAACUUGUGUAGAUUGUGUUAUGCAGAUGCAUUUUUUAAAAAAAAAUAUCGCUAUAAAAUUGAUAAAGCUAACAACGCCUUUUCCUAGCUUUAUCUCAUAUAUACAAUUUUAAGAGCUAUGUGAUAGGUCACUCGUCUGUUUUCUCGUAGGUCUAUAUUUGACAAAGGUUUGAUGAGACUUCUUUCACUAGCCUAGUGUUGGUUUUAUGUUAUAUCAGGAACUCAACUGCAGUUUUAUUAACGACACGUUUAUGAACAAUCAAAUUGUCCUCGUAAAAAUUUAUUGAAGGACAUAAAAGCAUGUACGACUACUUGACGAAUAUAGCUGCAGUUGUGGUGCGUUUUCAGGCGUCUUACUAUUCCCACCGCCCCGAUUUGUUUAAAACUCCAUUUUAUGAGGGAUAUUCCAAUUGUAUUUAUUUGAAACUCGUGGAAAAUAGGACUUCAGUGCGUAAAAGCAGCCCUCUAGACAACACAAGAGCCGUAUAUUUGUCAAAAUUAUUCCAUUGGGUCCUUUCCAGUUAUAUAGAAUUAAUAGUGAAACCGACAAAGAAAUAUACAACAGUGUAUUCUUUUUUUCUAACUGUUUUAAUAAAUAACAUUGUGCAGUGAGGGAUGCGCACAAGACUAGCCACAGCACAGUAGCAUUCUCUCGACAGUGAUUGAUUACACCAACAAAUAGUGCCCUUUUUAAGCCCGUUAACACACACACCCUGUUGCUUCGUAAAGCUACAAAUAACUAUUAACCUUAAUCAGUUGCAUCACAAUAUACUAGAAACACACCAUCUUCAUAUAUUUAGGCUCGAUGCAAAAAAAGACAAUAUUAGUAUUAAGCAACCUACUGCAAGAUCGAAGUGCAUUGCUGUUCCAGGAGAACGCGCGCAUUGAUCUGCUGUGCAGUUUUUUAGGGGGUAAAUACAAUCACGUGUUCCAUAGGCGUCCAAUCCCAGCUGGGGAAGCUUUCUGAAAUAAUUACCUGUCUUGAUUGUUCUACGGUCAGAUAAAAAAGUACACAUACACUCCAUAUAAUAGUCGGAUGCAUGUAAAAGAGAAGGGAAACAUCGCCAUGUCGGCUACGGGUCCCAUAAGUAAUUAUUAUGUGGAUUCCUUGAUCAACCAUGAGAGCGAGGAGGUUCUGGCGAGUCGUUUCACAGCCACUGGUCCGAUAUCCUCCAGUUCACGCCCGACGCCCCUGGUACCGGAAUGCGCGGAUUACCCGUCUUGCAGCUUUGCCCCGAAACCACCAGUCUUUACUACCUCGUGGGCCCCUGUUCACUCUCAGUCGUCAGUGGUUUACCAUCCAUACACUCACCAACCUCACCUAGGCACAGACUCGAGGUACGUUCGCUCUUGGCUGGAGCCUAUCCCCGGUACCGUGUCUUUUCCAGGAUACGCAGGGAAUAGCAGGCACUACGGGCUGAAGCCCGACACCUUCCAGGAUCCCCGUGCUGGAGACUGUUUGGGCUCGAACGGACGCACUUACACGGAUUAUCUCUACUGCUCCGCCGUCGACAUUCGAGAAAAGCAACAGAACACACCAUCGCCUGAGACGGAGAGUCUGUCUUCCGGGAAGCACAGAGACAAGGCUGAAUUAGACCCAAAUAAUCCUGUGGCAAACUGGAUCCAUGCGCGCUCAACUCGAAAGAAGCGUUGUCCAUACACCAAGUAUCAAACACUCGAACUCGAAAAGGAAUUUUUAUUCAAUAUGUACCUCACAAGAGACCGGCGGUAUGAGGUAGCAAGGGUGCUGAACCUGACGGAGCGACAAGUCAAAAUCUGGUUCCAGAACCGACGGAUGAAGAUGAAGAAAAUGAACAAAGAAAAAAACGACAGUAAAGAAAAAUAGACCAAAAGUCACUCAUUAGAAAAAGACUGAAGGAAAAUCAUCAUUUAGUAUCGUUAUCAGUCUUAACACUUGCACCUCCGGCCCAUAACAGGAACAGAGAAAACGAAAAGGCUAUCAUAUAUGGAUGUCCUUCAAAACGUGAUGAUAUAAGUAUGAUUUAAUGUAAGUGUAAUUUUACCAUCCUGAUGUAAAUCAUAUUAAUACUAUACGUAGUUUGGAUUUACAUAACAUUUCUUUACUCACAAAAACAAAAGUGGACUCUGCAGAGAGGCUGCCCCGAAGUUUCAGAGAGAAAAUACUUGAACUACUUUAUUUUCAAAUUCCUAAUUUAUGCUCUCUACGUGUUUUUUUUUCUAUGCUUCUAUUAUUUGUAGGUUUGAAAGCCGAAUGUUUUAUAAAGAAUAACAAUUCUGUAGUUAAAAAUGUUUGCGUCGAUGUGCUUAGUUUGUUUCUGAUGUACCUGUUUGUGUAUUUUACAUUCUUUAAACUGUAAAUGAGUUUCAUUAUAGAUUGUAGAUAUAUCCAAAUAUAUACAACCAUGUUAAUAUGA